GCUUACGCAGUCUCUCAUUUAAGCAACCUCUCUCUCUCUCUCUCUCUCUCUCUCUCUUCUCUUCUCUGAGAAAUCUCAGUUUCAGAGCUCUCAGGUUCUUUUAUUCUUCGUCUUCUUCUUCUUUCUUCUCCUUCUUCAAACUUCGAUUCUAUCCCCAAAUCUGCAUGCUUCGAUCUGCCAUCAUCACUGUUUCAGAUUCAAAUAUGAAUGUGCCUCUCCGUCGUUUAAUGAUCUGAGCUUUUUAUAGCUAAAUCCCACGGCGGCGGAGGAGAGAUUAGGAAAAAAAAAUGCGGGUGAAGGAGUUGCAUCCGCUUUGCUGUAUCACUCUAGAGAGUCCACACGGGGAUCAUAACCAGUCACCGGAAGAGCCGACGACGAUGGCGACGACGGCUUUGACUAGGUCGAGGAGUUUACCGGCGAAAUCGUUGUUGACAGGUGGUGGAUCGAGAGUGGCAUCGAUUGGAUCGGAGGCUGAGACGGUGGCUGGGAUCUUGUAUAAGUGGACUAACUUUGGUAAAGGAUGGAGAUCUAGAUGGUUCCUCCUCCGUAACGGAAUCUUAUCUUACUCUAAGAUCCGGCGGCCGGAGAAUUUGAAUCAUCUGUCUCCGUCUUCGGAUGAUGUGAGGUUAAUCGGAGAUAUCUCCGCCGAUCGUCUCUCUAGGAUGGAUAGUUGUAGUGGUCGCCGGAAACAACCCAAAACCGUCGGCAUUGUUCAUCUCAAGCAGGUUUCUUCUUUCAGAGAAAGCAAGUCUGAUGAUAGAAAGUUCUAUAUAUUCACAGCAACCAAGACUCUUCAUCUGAGGACUGAUUCUAUAAGUGAUAGAGCAGCUUGGUUACAAGCAUUAGCAUCUACAAAAUGCAUCUUUCCUCUGCGGUCACUUAAUGGGGAUUUCUCCUUCAUUUCACCAAAGGAUUUGUCCAUAUCAACUGAGAGGCUAAAGAAACGGUUGCACGAAGAAGGAAUGAAUGAGAAUCUUGUAACAGAGUGCGAACAGAUCAUGCUCUCAGAAUUUUCUGAAUUGCAUGGACAAGUUAAACUUCUACAUGAGGAACGGACGAAUUUGCUUGACGCAUUGAGGCAGCUGGAGGCAGCUAAUCUCGAAGCUGGUGCAUCAGGGAAGCAUGAAUUUCCAAGCCUAGGACGUGGAAAGUAUAGUGAAUGCAGCACAACUGCUUCAUCUGAUGGUAAACAAGAGUUUGAGGAUGUGUCUGAGGAAGAUGAGCCUUCCUUCCAUGACACAAAGGAGUACUUUAAUGAACCUACUGUUGGUUCUGGAUCAAAUCUAUCUAAUUCUGGAUACCCGAAUAUCAAGAGAAGAACAAAACUUCCUGAUCCAGCUGAAAAAGAGAAAGGUGUCAGUCUUUGGUCUAUGAUCAAAGACAAUGUUGGAAAGGAUCUCACCCGAGUUUGUCUCCCUGUGUACUUCAAUGAACCAAUAUCAUCCCUCCAAAAAUGUUUUGAAGACUUGGAGUACUCGUAUCUUCUGGACCGAGCAUAUGAAUAUGGAAAAUCUGGAAAUGGUCUCCUAAGAGCCUUAUAUGUUGCUGCUUUUGCGGUCUCUGGAUAUGCUUCCACUGAAGGCCGGCACUGUAAGCCAUUUAAUCCUUUGCUUGGGGAAACCUAUGAAGCAGACUUCCCUGAAAAGGGGAUCCGUUUCUUCUCUGAGAAGGUCAGUCACCAUCCAACUGUUAUCGCCUGCCACUGUGAAGGUAAAGGGUGGAAGUUUUGGGGUGACACUAACCUCAGGUCAAAGUUUUGGGGGAGAUCGAUUCAAGUUGAACCUGUUGGAGUUUUGACUCUUGAAUUUGAUGAUGGAGAAGUAUUUCAAUGGAGCAAGGUAACAUCAACUAUAUACAAUAUCAUACUAGGUAAACUCUACUGUGAUCAUCAUGGUGUGAUGCAAAUUCGUGGGAACCGUCAAUAUUCUUGUACACUCAAGUUUAAGGAACAAUCCAUUCUUGAGAGAAAUCCCCACCAGGUAAACGGAUUUGUAGAAGACGUAGCUGGGCAAAAAGCAGCAACAAUAUUUGGUAAAUGGGAUGAUAGCCUUUACUAUGUUUCUGGUGAUGGAAUCAGCAAGACAAAAGUUAGUGAUCCCGCAUCAAAUGCCUCGUUACUGUGGAAAAGGACCAGGCCACCGCCUAAUGUUACCAGAUACAACUUAACCUCUUUCGCCAUUACUCUGAAUGAGCUAACACCUGGUUUGCAGGAGAUUCUUCCUCCCACAGAUUCAAGGCUCAGACCAGAUCAACGACAUCUUGAGAAUGGUGAAUAUGAGAAGGCGAACUUAGAGAAACAACGGUUAGAAAGAAGGCAAAGAAUGUCGCGGCAACUUCAGGAAAGCGGGUGGAGACCUAGAUGGUUUGAAAGAGAAGGAGAAAGCGAAACCUUCAAGUACACAGGCGGUUAUUGGGAAGCACGAGGUCACCGAAAUUGGGAUGAUUGUCCCGACAUCUUUGGGGAGUUCACAGAAGAGCUAGUGGAUUCCGCUUAGAAAGUUUCUUGAUCUCAUUCCAGAGAAGAUCUCCAUCCGGACCGCAUUGGAGUAUGUUUACACAGCAGAAUACGUAUUUCGACCAUGGAUCAAAAGUUCUGAUUUCAGCUCUCUCCAUGAAAAGAGGGCACAGAUCAAGAUCAGAAUUCAGAAAGCCUUUGGUUAUCCUUAUCUCCUAUAGGGUCCUCCUCCUUUUGAGUCCUAGACCACUGUAAAGUCCUCAUCUUCUCAAAGUCCUCAUCUUCUCUCUUUCUCUACCACUUUCAUUCUCUGUCUCCCCUCGUUAAAUAGUUGAGAUUAAGCGUAGGUUGGUCAUACAUUUGGACAAGUUCAUUGUAAUCCAUUUGUAUUUAACUAAAAAAAAAUAUGAGCAAUAAAUAUAAAUCCAAGCAAGGACUGCUUCAUA